AUGCCUAAAGAAUCUAGUUCAAAGAAAAGCUUUGAUGAUACCCUCGAACUGAAAAAAAACGAACAGUUAUUGAAGCUAAUAAACUCUAAUGAAUUCACUUUGCACAAUUGUGUGGAGUUGUUAUGCAAACACUCCGAGAAUAUCGGUAUCCAUUAUUGUUUGUGCCAAAAACUGGCUACAUUUCCUCACAGCGAACUACAGUUCUAUAUCCCUCAAUUAGUACAGGUCCUAGUUACUAUGGAGACAGAAUCAAUGGCUUUGGAGGAUUUACUAUUGAGACUAAGAUCAGAAAACCCUCAUUUUGCGCUGCUGACAUUUUGGCAACUACAAGCAUUACUGACGGAUUUGUCUACCGAUCCUGCUUCUUAUGGUUUCCAAGUCGCUAGAAGGGUUUUAAACAACUUACAGUCUAAUCUCUUUAAUACGAACUCAAAUGACAUUAAGACGGUUAAGAUACACGAAAAUGUCGCACCAGCCAUAAUCCUUUCUUCCAUGAUGAUGGCAGCAAUAGCAUUACCCCAGUUAAGUGAAGCUUCCAAGCCAUUGGUAGAGUCCCAAGGUAGAAGACAGAAAGCAUUUGUUUUUAAAUUAGCAAGGAGCGCAAUGAAGGAUUUUACCAAGAAUAUAACUUUAAAAAAUACUUUAUUGAAUAAGAAAAACUCCAAAACCAAAAGAGUCAGCUCGAAUAGCAGUUUGACUCCAAGCUCUCCGAUAGAUUUGAUAGAUCCAAUAAAAACCAGAGAAGACGCGUCGUUUAGAAAAUCCAGACGUAAUGAAGUAAAGCUAGAUUUCGACAUAGUAGACGAUAUAGGGAAUCAAGUCUUCGAAGAGAGAAUCUCAUCCUCCAUCAAACUACCUAAACGUAAACCCAAAUACCUGGAUAAUUCCUACGUACAUAGAACAUAUGACGGUAAAACUAUAAAUAAUGAUGGAACACCAAGGACGAGUGAAGAAACCAUUGAUGGAAAACGAAGUAGCUAUGUUCCUCCCAAGGUCUACAAUGAUGAGAAUAUAGACAACAUUAACAAUGGAGAUGAAACAGGCGGGGAGACGGAGGAAGACACAGAUGCUCUAAACUCCGACCAGUUUACCAGUUCUAUGCCAGAUCUACAUAAUAUCCAACCAAGACUUUCUUCUGCAUCAUUCGCAUCUUUAGAAGGAACACCUAGACUGAACAGGACUAACUCUCAACCGCUUUCACGCCAAGCAGUUAAAAACAGUAAGAAAGAAAAAUCAUCCCUAAGUCAGGAAAUUGAUCUAUCCCAAUUGUCAACUACUUCGAAAAUCAAAAUGCUUAAGGCAAACUAUUUCCGUUGCGAAACACAAUUUGCCAUCGCAUUGGAAACAAUAUCACAGAGACUAUCUCGAGUACCGACAGAAGCCAGAUUGAGUGCCUUACGUGCUGAGUUAUUUCUUUUGAAUAGAGACUUGCCGGCAGAGGUGGACAUCCCCACUUUGUUACCCCCCAACAAGAAAGGAAAGUUGCAUAAAUUGGUAACAAUCACUGCUAAUGAGGCACAAGUUCUGAACUCUGCAGAAAAAGUUCCAUAUUUAUUGCUGAUAGAGUAUUUGAGGGAUGAAUUUGAUUUUGACCCGACAAGCGAAACAAAUGAAAGGCUACUAAAGAAAAUCAACAGCAAUCAAGGCAGCUUGAUAUUUGAUUUGAACUACAUGAAAAGAAAAGAAAACAGAGAGGAUAUAAAUGAAAAUACUUCUGCAAGCAUAAUCAUGCCACCUUCGUUACAUGAUACCGAUGCACCUUACAACGAAACGUCUCGUGAUGGAGACUUGUCCGGUACUUCAAGAAAUACGUCAGUCUCUGCGGCACGUUUUAAAACUGAAGUUAAUAAAGAAGAAGAUCUAGGUGAUAUGUCAAUGGUGAAGGUCCGGAACAGAACUGAUGACGAGGCGUAUAGAAAUUCUUUAGUGUUACAAAGUGCCACGAGUAUUCCUGUACUGUCUGCCGGUAGUCAAGACAGAAGUCCGCAACUAAACUUUGGUUCAAACUUGGAUGAUAUGCUCAUUGGAAAUGGCACUGGCAGCAAAAACAUUCAUAGUCAAACGGACGCUUUAGCCGACCAAAUGAGGGUCUCGGCGGUUAUGUUAGCGCAAUUGGACAAAUCACCACAGCAAUUAUCCGAAAGUACAAAACAAAUUCGUGCUCAAAUCAUCUCAUCAAUGAAGGAAGUACAGGAUAAAUUUGGCUAUCAUGAUUUGGAAGCUCUUCACGGAAUGGCAGGUGAACGAAAAUUAGAAAACGAUUUGAUGACAGGUGGUAUUGACACGUCAUAUUUGGGCGAAGACUGGGCCACCAAGAAGGAAAGAAUACGUAAAACUUCGGAAUAUGGUCAUUUAGAAAACUGGGAUCUAUGCUCCGUGAUCGCCAAGACAGGUGAUGAUUUGAGACAGGAAGCAUUUGCGUAUCAGACGAUCCAAGCAAUGGCCAAUAUUUGGGUUAGAGAAAAAGUCGACGUUUGGGUUAAAAGAAUGAAAAUUUUAAUAACAAGCGCUAAUACGGGGCUUGUGGAAACUAUUACAAAUGCUAUAUCCGUGCACAGUAUCAAAAAGGCCCUAACAAAAAAAAUGAUCGAAGAUGCAGAACUGGACGAUAAGGGUGGCAUUGCAUCAUUGAAUGAUCACUUCCUUAGAGCAUUUGGUAAUCCUAAUGGAUUCAAAUAUAAGAGAGCUCAAGACAAUUUCGCCUGUUCAUUGGCUGCAUAUUCUGUCAUUUGCUACCUUUUACAAGUCAAAGAUAGACAUAAUGGUAACAUUAUGAUUGAUAAUGAAGGUCAUGUAAGCCACAUUGAUUUUGGGUUUAUGCUAUCGAAUUCUCCCGGUUCAGUGGGAUUCGAAGCUGCACCAUUUAAAUUAACUUAUGAAUAUAUUGAAAUCUUGGGUGGAAUACAAGGAGAAGCAUUCAAAAAAUUCGUUGAGUUAACGAAGAAAUCGUUUAAAGCUUUGAGGAAGUAUGCUGAUCAAAUUGUAUCAAUGUGCGAAAUCAUGCAAAAAGAUAAUAUGCAACCUUGUUUUGAUGCUGGCGAACAAACCAGUGUACAGCUACGACAAAGGUUUCAACUAGAACUGUCUGAAAAAGAGGUCGAUGAAUUUGUGGACAACUUUUUGAUAGGCAAAUCAUUAGGCAGUAUUUACACGAGAAUAUAUGAUCAAUUUCAAUUGAUCACUCAGGGUAUAUACAGUUAA